CUACCUCCUCUCCCCUUCCCCGAUUCCCCCCCCCCCCAAAAUUGGUGGGCCCGACUUAAAGCAGCAGCUACAUCAGCAUGGAUUCGAGCUACAAGGCCCGCAAAGAGGCCUUCGUGUCCAAUCUGUCCGGUGGGAGCAUCCUGGAGAUUAACGCCGUGACGCUGGUCGCUCCGGCCGCUGUUCUGCUCUGGUCCGCGCUCCAGUCGCGCCUUUCCUUCUUCACCCCCUCCAGCCCAGCCGCGCUAGCGACCGACUUUCUGCUCAAUGUGCUGGCCAUUCUGUUUGCCACGACCAUCUAUUCGUCUGCACCAUGGACACUCAACCUUCUCCUGAUCGCCCCCGCCCUCCUCCUGCUCCUGAACUCGAGACCUCCCCGCAGCCAACAAAAGGCUAAGCCCCCACCGAAAGCAAAGCCCGCCGACAAGGAUGCAUCGCGCGUGGCUGAGUCCCUGCCCAUCCACCCGUUCCUUACGACCUAUCGUGCCGCCAUGAUGAUCAUCACUUGCGUAGCCAUCCUGGCGGUGGACUUCCCCGUGUUCCCGCGCAGGUUCGCUAAGGCUGAGAACUGGGGCACGUCCCUGAUGGAUCUGGGCGUUGGGUCAUUCGUCUUCUCUGGAGGAGUGGUGUCUGCACGCUCGGUGCUCAAGGGUCGAAGCAACGGGGCUCCAAAGGCUCCCCUAUGGCAGCGACUGGUUUCGUCUACACGGCACUCGGUGCCUCUACUCGUGCUGGGAUUGAUCCGGCUGUACAGCGUAAAGGGCCUGGAUUACGCGGAGCAUGUGACGGAAUACGGUGUGCACUGGAAUUUCUUUUUCACGCUGGGUCUGUUGCCACCGUUCGUGGAGAUCUUUGACGCGUUGGCUAUUUUUAUCCCCUCGUAUGAGGUUCUCUCACUGGGUGUCGCGGUCUUGUAUCAGGUCGCUCUUGAGUCGACGGACCUGAAGAGCUACAUCCUGGUUUCUCCCCGUGGGCCGGACUUGCUGUCCAAGAACCGGGAAGGGGUGUUUUCUUUCUUGGGCUACUUCGCGAUUUUCCUUGCCGGCCGUGCCACUGGCAUUCGCGUCAUUCCUCGCGGAACGUCCCCGACCAAGACCCCCCAGCAGGCUAGGAAGGGCGUGCUUGUGACACUGGGUAUCCAGGCCCUCUCAUGGACCGCGAUCUUUGUCCUCAAUUCCACUUACGCGCUCGGCUGGGGCGCCAACUUCCCCGUAUCGCGGCGCAUGGCUAACAUGCCCUACGUGGUGUGGGUGUCCGCCUUCAACAGCGCCCAGCUGUUUCUGUUCUGUCUUCUGGAGACGGUCUUCUUCCCCUCCGUGCAUCGCACGUCGGGGAAGGAUGGUGAGGCGGAGCGGGUCUCGUUGGCCACGAGCCGGAUCAUGAAGGCAUUCAACAAGGGCGGGCUGGCCAUUUUCCUGGUGGCCAACCUGCUCACGGGGGCCGUGAAUCUGAGCGUCCCCACGCUCGAUGUCAACACGGCGCCCGCCCUGGCCAUUUUGGUCGGAUAUGCGGCGGUUCUCACCGGCAUUGCGCUGGGACUAGACCGGGCUGACAUCAAGUUGGCCUUCUGAGAUGUAUCUAGAUGACAAAUUCUCA